CUGCGUGAAAAAAUAAAUGCACAGCAAGAAGUUAUCCGUGUAGCACAAGGAGUUUCUGUUAUAUAUUUUAUUAUUUCAAGCUGACUCGACUGCUGGGAGAUGAUGGCCGAUACCUGCGUUGUGGGAGACACAAGUUGUUCUGCUCCCUCCACUAAGGCAAGUGAGAAGGAGAACCUGCAGGAUCCCUGUUCCUGUCUACAACAACCGUCACAUCCUUCCUUGACGUCUCAAGUGUCUAAGAAAUCUCCCCCUUCCCUGCUAUCCUUGUCUCGGCGACCCUUGAGAGAGAACAGGAACCUUCAAGAACCCAAUGUUAACUCAGCAGUAAUAGCAGAAGAUGGGAAAAACAGCCAGGAAUGCAUUUCGCUGUCUGCGGGAAGAUCUCUGAAAUGUCCAGGAGCUACAUAUCAGGUGUUGAAUGUUACCAUGACUGGUCCAGCUGUUGAUAGCUUCACUGCUAGUCAGGAAAACGUUAACAGUAGCUAUGUUAAGAACAUUAAAGAUCCACCUCGUUCAAUGACAGGUGAUUCAGCAAGCUUAAGCAACCGUCAGUCAGUUUUGGAUGUUCCAAAUCGGACCUGGCUAAAUCCUGAGGUCACCUUUUUUCCAUCGGUUCAAGAAAGGUUGGAGAAGAACUCUGAUUUAAAGGAUCAGGUGGGUUUGCAAUUGUCCUGUAACAAUGGAAGCCACCAGCAAACAUUUGAAUCUCUUGCAAGCAACCACAGUUCUGCUGUGUAUUCCCUCAAACAGUUUCUCAAGAGUGAACAUCGUAAAUGCCUCACCCCUAUAUGGGAGAUGUCUCCCCUCAGGGAAGGAGAGACUGUAAUGGGGGGUGAGGGGGAUAGGAAUAUGGAGAAGAUGGAGUCCCUUUUUCAAAGUUUCUUUGCACAGGAAUGUGCUAACGUGAUUGAUAAUAUCCGCCGAACAUCCCUCCGAGGGGCUGGGGGACAAUUUUGUGCCAAAGGUUGUUUGGAUACUCUUGAAGUCACUGGUAUUGAGGAGGAAUCACUUCCCAAUUGGACUGGCUUAAACUCUACUCUGGAAUGGUCUUGUUUUCAACCAGAAAAAGAGGCUGUCAGAUCUAACGCUGUGUGCCUGGACAGCAAGGAGAAGGUGAAGGCUGCUAUGCCAGCAGAGAAAGUGGAGGAAGUUUCAGAGGCAUCAGGAGGUUGCAGUGCUAGUUUUAGUUCAAAGGAAAGCUUUGUUUCUGUCGUCAUGGGAAAGACUCAGUCUAUUCAUGAAAGUCAUGUCUUGGAAGCUUCUCUGAAGGACACUCACAGCCUGUGUGAUGACAGCAAUUGUAAGGGAAAGACAUUUCUAAAGAGUGAUGUUGAGAACACUAAUUGGACCUAUGUCCUUCCCAGUGACAAUCCUCAAGCAGGGCAAAAUGUCACUGUCAACCUGACAGACCCCAAAACACUUUUUUCUGACAUUGAAGCUGACAAGAUGAGGUCAAAGUCUAAUUGCAAUGACACAUAUGAGUUGCAGCACGUUCCAGAAGCUGUGAGAAAAGACUGUGAUGGAAUCAGAGAGACCGAGGAGCAGGGUUUGAUGAAAGUGACCCCCAGUUCUUCUGAGAAUGCACAUCUUGCUGAGAGUAUAUGUAAUGACAAUGUGGAUGCAGAGGACAGAGUUGGCAUCAAUGGGAUAAGCUUCAAUGACUCCUUGGAUUUCAAGGAUAGGUUUCUGGUCACCUCAACCCCUAUGCCCAUGCCCAAGAGUUUUCACUUUACGAAAGAUCCUGAUGCUGCUAUGCUGGAGCAGUAUGAACAGCACUCAGUUGUUGAUGCUGUUGCAGGAUGUUUAAAAGGGGACACUAUGAAUUUGGGUGGUGCUGAUGGGAGUGUUACUGCAUCGACUGCUACAGAGCCCCCAGCUGUAAAUGUCAAGGCUACUAAAAGUUUCCCCAAACCUACUACUCUUGCAGUAAGGCAGGACCCUAGUGCCAGUUCUUCAAAGACCUCUGGACAGAGAAAGUUUCUCUUGCGUUCCUCGGCCAUCCAUUCCAGUGCCAAGACGCAGCUCCCAUCUGCACAGGCUUAUGCAACUCGCCGGAUGUCCUUGCCAGCUUUACCGCAAACAGCCCCCCAGGUUUCAGCUGCUCCUGCCCCACCAUCUCAUCCCAGUGCACCAGUUUGCUUUGAAAAGAAGUCUGAACUAACCUCUGGCUCAUCCUGUGGGAGUGUGAAAACAGCCAGUUGUUUGGAGACCCCUGGGGUUGCAGCACCUGGGGCAAAAAGACACAGUAUUACUGAAGCAAAGCACCUGACUACCUCUGGUCUCCAGAAGCCCAGAGUCUCUGGCUUGCUAACAUGUACAACUAGGUUGGGCCUAAAGCCUCAUGGUGUCACUGUACCUACAGAAGGAAUGAAGGGAAGGAGUUUACAGCUGCCCACUGCGGCUCAGAAGAAACCUCACAGCAACACGGAUGCCUGCUCUGCUUCAAAGAGGAGGAGAAUUGAUGCACAUUCUACCAGUACUGAAGCACCAAAGGGCAGUGCCAAGCUGGCAGGAGGCCCACAGGGUCUAAGGAAGCUCACAAAAUGCCUAAAAGACCUGGAAUUGAAGUCUAAGCCUUCAGAGACAUCCUGCAUCACUAGGGGGACUCCAAAGGUACCAGCGAGACCAGUAAGAAGCACCCAAGGAUUGAGGAGACCAGCCACUGGACUCAAAGGCCUGGAAUCAAAACUGAAGAAUUCCGAGCCUGGCCCUCUAUUGAAUGUUCCAGCCUCUAUCGCAGAUGUGAGUGGCAACUUGGCUUCCACCUCAGAACAUGAGAAAUGUGCAGCAGCCACGGUUGCAACGGACACAUUACAGCAGACAGACUGUGGGAACUGUGUGCGGUAUCGAGAGGAAAUUGCAAGGCUGAAAGCAGCCCUUCGGCUGAUUAGUGGCAAAGAUAAAAAAAAAAUGCAGUGAGAUUGUUUCAGAAUGGAAACAAUGAAGCAUGAAGAUAUUUUCGUUUCUGGUUGAAGCAUUCUUUGAAUUCAAACAAGUAGAAGUGGCUUUUAAUAUUGAAAGCUAUUAUAUACUGCACAUUAUAGCAGUUUUGAACUGGAUGUUGACAUGCGCACGUGUUUCAUCUCCCCUAUGUGGCUCCAUGUAAAGUUCGUGCAAAUACAUUCUAAUGUUCUGAUACAAGUCUCUUUUGGUUUUCUGAGAAAAGCUGGUGUGUUAUCAGUAAUACUUUGAUGGUAAGUGUAAUGUUUUGACAUCUGUAAAUUGAUUUUGG